AUGAAGAUCACCAGGCAGAAACAUGCCGAGAAGCAUCUCUGCUUUUUCCGCAACAAUUUCGGAGUCUGUGAGCCCUACCCGAUCCUUCUGGCCAGCACUUUCUGCCAGGUGGCACUGUGGGGUUGCAUCCAGCUGCGGGACCAGCUGCCCUGCUACCUUAUGGGGAAGCCUCAACUGUGCACCAUAAGAUGUGUGUUAAGGGAGUUAGAAACACGGGGAAAGGAAUUAUAUGGAGCAAAACUGAUUGCACAGAAAUCCCAGGUUCGAAACUGUCCUCAUUUCAAGAGCCCAGCGAGUGGGUCUGAAUGUCUCCUGUGCAUGGUGGAUGGGUGGGUGGGUGGGUGGGGGAACCCUCACCAUUAUUUUGUGGCCACACAGGAUCAGAACCUAUCUGUGAAAGUCAAGAGAACUUCUAGAAUUCCUCUCAUGUUCAUUAUUCAGAACACUGUAGUGUUGGGCAAGCCUUCUCCCAGAACAGUGACCUUUGUGAAGGUGGUCGGGGCAGGUCAGCUGGUCUCAGUGCAUGAGAAACAAUGUAUCAAGCAACUCAAGGAGGAGCAAGGCCUGGUGCAAAACCGGAGGAGGAAAAAGAAGAAGGUGGGCAGUUCCAAUCCUCUCAGCUGCCUGAGGCAAAAGAAGAAAGCACAGGAUACAAAGUCCCCUGCUUCAGAAAAGAAAAGGAAAAGGAAAAAAAGGUAA